ACUUAAUGCAUAUAAAAGAGCGGUCUACAACUAAAUAUUUCCAAUUGUUAUUCCAAGUCCGAUUAAUUCAGUCAGUGCGAUGCGGUUCCAACCAAGACUAAGAAACGGCGAAAUAGUGAAGCUAUCCUGGUCACUGAAUUUGUAUAGUCGCGGAAAUCCUGUGAUGUGGCCCAGGGAGGAUAAUCCGACUCAGCGGGAUCGUUAUAUAGAUCGGUUUCUAAUCGUCUUUGCAUUUCUGAUGCAUUGCUUUCAGGCUGAGCUUGACGCACAUUAUUUACUGAAUAAUCUUGAGGAUAUUGAAGACUUUUCAGCUGGCUUACCAACUAUACUUCUUCAAACUGAAGUGAUUGUUCGAUAUGUGGAUGUAAUUAAUCACAGGGACGAGUUGAAGGACUUGCUCAAACGUUUCUACGCCAAUAUCUAUGUGUCGCAGGAAUCUGAUCAGAGUGUUUUCUCAAGGAUUUCACGGCAACUAUUGGGACCGCGUUUGAUAACAGUUUUCUAUGUGACGACCAUGUUAAACUAUUUUCAGGAGUUUGUGGUAAACAUUUUAGCUGGUGGACGGGAAAUGAUUUACAAGCAAGUUUACUUCUUUGAUAAUACCAAAAUGCCCCAGUAUUUAAUACUUAUUGGGAUUAACUUUUGGGUGGGCAUAUUAAUCAUCACAAUGCUCUUUGGAGAUCUGAAUUUGCUAGGAGAGCUUUUGAUGCAUCUGAACGCUUGCUAUCUGCAACUUGGCAAGGAUUUGCGAUCGGGUGCAGCUCGCUUAUUGGAAUCAAAUGAUAGUUCGAAUAUUGCCGCGGAUUAUCGUCGAGAACUUAUUAAAGUACUGCAACGGAAUAUAGAUCUUAAUGAUUUUGCUGCUAACCUCGAGAGACUCUUCACAUUUCGGCUCUUUAUUAGCUUUGCCGCCAGUGCCUUAAUUCUUUGUGUAUUACUUUUUAUAUCAUACAAAGUAUGUGUUGCUUUUAUUACGUUUUUAACCCAUACAAACGAGUUGGAUAUGAUGUACUAUUGCGGAGAUUGGGAGCAAAUCAUUUAUCGCUCAGACAAUGCUGAAGAGAAUAAAAAACUUAUGAAGCUUGUCAUAUUAUCUAUUGAGCUAAACUCAACACCAUUUUCGCUAACUGGCUUAAAUUAUUUUACUGUUACACUAACUUCUGUUGUGAAGAUAGUACAAGGAGCCUUUUCGUACUUUACUUUCCUCACAUCGAUGAGCAGCAAUUAAAUACAUAUGUAUAUUGAAGGGCUAGAAAGAUGAAGAAAAUAUGAAAAGCACACACAUAUAGCUUGCAAAAUUAACAAUAUUUUAAAUCACAAGAAACUGCAAUAAAUGAAAUGUUAUGAAGUAAUGUUAUAUGCUUAUUAAAAGAUUACAAAUAAAUAAAAUGUGCCUGUGUUAAA